CUUCCGUAUUGUGCGGUCCACAUACAGGAAGUGAGUUUUCAUCGACUGUUGCAGCCACCCAGUGUCCGUGGAGAUCAGGCUCUUCCACAGAUAAGGAGACAGUUCCACCCGAGGGGGAGUAUAUAGAGGAACACAGGGGUCUGUACAAGGACGUGAUGAUGGAGAAUCACCGGCCCCUCACAUCACUGGAUGGACCCAGUAACAGAGAUACCCCAGAGAGAUGUCCCCGUCCUCUGUAUUCCCAGGAUUGUACAGAGGAGAAUCACAGGACCCCACAGGAGGAUCAGGUAGAACGUCUUUCUCGUAUAAAGGCAGAAGAUAUAAGGAGAGAAGAAGAGACGUAUGUGACUGAUAUAAAGGCAGAAGAUAUAGAUGGAGAAGAAGAGACGUAUGUGACUGUUAUAAAGGUAGAAGAUGUAGAGGGAGAAGAAGAGAUGUGUGUGACUGAUAUGAAGGCAGAAGAUAUAGAGGGAGAAGAAGAGACGUAUGUGACUGAUAUAAAGGCAGAAGAUAUAGAGGGAGAAGAAGAGAAGUAUGUGACUGAUAUGAAGGCAGAAGAUAUACAGAGGGAAGAAGAGAAGUAUGUGACUGAUAUAAAGGCAGAAGAUAUAGAGGAAGAAGAAGAGACGUAUGUGACUGAUAUGAAGGCAGAAGAUAUGGAGGGAGAAGAAGAGACGUAUGUGACUGAUAUAAAGGCAGAAGAUAUAGAUGGAGAAGAAGAGAUGUAUGUGAGGGGUGAUCAGCAGUGUAAGGAGGAGGAGAUCCCUACAGAUAUCAGCACAGAUGGACACACAAGCAGGAACAUCUCAGAAGGACAUCUAAUGUUAUCCCUGGAUUCUGAAAUAACCGAUAACGACAGUAGACAGGAUUCUCCAGGAGCUAACCCCAUUACCCCAAUUAUACAUCCAGCUCUAUCAGCUGAUCCCUCUGAUACUGGGAAAUGUUCUCCUGAUCACUCUGAUAUUGGUGCAUCUGUUACAGCUCUGACAGUAAAUACAGUGUUUCCCUGUUCUAUAGAUGCCAAAUGUUUUACACAGAACACAAAGCGUAUUACCAAUCAGCCAGCUAAGGCAGGUGAGAGGCCAUUUCCAUGUUCUGAGUGUAGGAAAUGUUUUGCACAGAAAUCAGCUCUUGUUAUACAUCAGAGAAGUCACACAGGUGAGAAGCCAUAUUCCUGUUCUGAGUGUGGGAAAUGUUUUGCACAUAGCUCACAUUUUGUUAUUCAUCAGCAUGCUCACACAGGUGAGAUGCCAUUUUCCUGUUCUGAGUGUGGGAAAUGUUUUCCACGGAAAUCACAUCUUGUUAAUCAUCAGAGAAGUCACACAGGUGAGAAGCCAUAUUCCUGUUCUGAGUGUGGGAAAUGUUUUGCACUGAAAUCAAAUCUUGUCACACAUCAGAGAAGUCACACAGGUGAGAAGCCAUAUUCCUGUUUUGAGUGUAGGAAAUGUUUCACACAUAAAUCAGCUCUUGUUACACAUCAGAGAAGUCAUACAGGUGAGAAGCCGUAUUCCUGUUCUGCGUGUAAGAAAUGUUUUGCACGGAAAUCACAUCUUGUUUUACAUCAGAGAAGUCACACAGGUGAGAAGCCAUAUUCCUGUUCUGAGUGUGGGAAAUGUUUUGCACAGAAAUCAAAUCUUGUCACACAUCAGAGUAGUCACACAGGUGAGAAGACAUAUUCCUGUUUUGAGUGUAGGAAAUGUUUCACACAGAAAUCAGCUCUUGUUAUACAUCAGAGAAGUCACACAGGUGAGAAGCCAUUUUCCUGUUCUGAGUGUGGGAAAUGUUUUGUACGGAAAUUAAAUCUUGUUUUACAUCAGAGAAGUCACGCAGGUGAGAAGCCAUUUUCCUGUUCUGAGUGUGGGAAAUGUUUUGUACGGAAAUCAAAUCUUGUUUUACAUCAGAGAAGUCACACAGGUGAGAAGCCAUUUUACUGUUCUGAGUGUGGGAAAUGUUUUGCACAGAAAUCACAUUUUGUUUUACAUCAGAGAAGUCACACAGGUGAGAAGCCAUAUUCCUGUUCUGAGUGUGGGAAAUGUUUUGCACUGAAAUCAAAUCUUGUCACACAUCAGAGAAGUCACACAGGUGAGAAGCCAUAUUCCUGUUUUGAGUGUAGGAAAUGUUUCACACAUAAAUCAGCUCUUGUUACACAUCAGAGAAGUCAUACAGGUGAGAAGCCGUAUUCCUGUUCUGCGUGUAAGAAAUGUUUUGCACGGAAAUCACAUCUUGUUUUACAUCAGAGAAGUCACACAGGUGAGAAGCCAUAUUCCUGUUCUGAGUGUGGGAAUUGUUUUGCACAGAAAUCAAAUCUUGUCACACAUCAGAGUAGUCACACAGGUGAGAAGACAUAUUCCUGUUUUGAGUGUAGGAAAUGUUUCACACAGAAAUCAGCUCUUGUUAUACAUCAGAGAAGUCACACAGGUGAGAAGCCAUUUUCCUGUUCUGAGUGUAGGAAAUGUUUUGUACGGAAAUUAAAUCUUGUUUUACAUCAGAGAAGUCACGCAGGUGAGAAGCCAUUUUCCUGUUCUGAGUGUGGGAAAUGUUUUGUACGGAAAUCAAAUCUUGUUUUACAUCAGAGAAGUCACACAGGUGAGAAGCCAUUUUACUGUUCUGAGUGUGGGAAAUGUUUUGCACAGAAAUCACAUCUUGUUUUACAUCAGAGAAGUCACACAGGUGAGAAGCCAUUUUCCUGUUCUGAGUGUGGGAAAUGUUUUGUACAGAAAUCACAUCUUGUUUUACAUCAGAGAAGUCACACAGGUGAGAAGCCAUUUUCCUGUUCUGCGUGUGGGAAAUGUUUUGUACGGAAAUCAGAUCUUGUUUUACAUCAGAGAAGUCACACAGGUGAGAAGCCAUUUUCCUGUUCUGAGUGUAGGAAAUGUUUCACACAGAAAUUAGCUCUUGUUAUACAUCAGAGAAGUCACACAGGUGAGAAGCCAUUUUCCUGUUCUGAGUGUGGGAAAUGUUUUGUACGGAAAUCAGAUCUUGUUUUACAUCGGAGAAGUCACACAGGUGAGAAGCCAUUUUCCUGUUCUGAGUGUGGGAAAUGUUUUGUACGGAAAUCAGAUCUUGUCACACAUCAGAGAAGUCACACAGGUGAGAAGCCAUUUUCAUGCUGUGAGAGAAAUAAAUCCGCUCUUGUUGAACAUAUUAGACAUUACCCAAGUACGGAACCAUUUCCAUCUUCUGGAGUAUAAUUAUCACUGUCGUCCAAUGUUCCUCAAGGGUGAAUCCUAUCUCUUAUGCUUUAUAAAAUAUACAUGCUACCACUGGGUGAGAUAAUCAGACGUCAUGGCCUGGUCUACCACUGCUAUGCUGAUUACCUGCUUUUUGCUCCAUGUACUGAGAACCAAAUACCAAUCCUAGCUGAGCGCCAGGGGUGGAUGAUGCCAGUUGGCUGUGACUCAGUCUUUGUGAAACAUAGUAGAAGCUUCCCAACAAAGGACAAGACUACAGCUUUACCAACCAUCUGGAUUUAUGCUUUGGUGUUCAGAAUUGCAAAAUACUGAACAUGUGCUGAAUCUUUGUGUUGUCCUGGUAUGUGGCUGACACAGACAUCAGGUAUCCACCACAUACAAAUCCACAUUCUUCCAUCUGUGGACCAUAGACAGAAUCAAGCACUUCAUUCCCUCAGAAGUUCAUAGACUACUGCAAUGCCAUCUACCUGGGUCACUCAGCAAAAGAAUUACAGAGCUUGCAGCUAGUACAGAAUGCAGCAGCCAAGCUGUUACCUAACCCGCCCGUUCCUGCCACAUAACACCCAUUCUCUACUCCCUUCACCGGCUGCCUGUAAGAUGGAAAAUCUAUUUCAUAAUUGGCUAACUGACCUUCCCAGCACAACAUUACAUGGUCCAAGGUACUAGAAGCAGCUUCUGCGUCCUUACUGCCCUGCUUACUUCUACAUAUGAAGGACUGUUACCAGCAGUACCAAGAAUCUCCUGUCAUUCAUUUAUGGGUUGAACUUUUAGCUUUGCAGUCCUGACCAUGGAACUCACUGCCUUGCACAGUCCAAAAGACCACCACUCUAGAGACCUUCACAAGCAGACUGGUGACUGCUACUCACACUUUUCAUUAAUGUACCUCUAUUUACUUCCUAAAUAAUACAUCCCAAAUGCUUAGGUCUUUUUUCUGCUGUUUAUUUUGUAUCUUGUUCUUUGUGUAAAUGUGAAUGUCUAAUACCAGUUUCCACAAUCUGUAUUGCUGCACGACAAUAUGGCGGCCAUUGGAACGUGUUUUCACUUCUAGUUUGCCUAACUUGUUGCAGACACUCAUCUUGAUAAGGAGUGUUGAGUGUUUUCUGAUACAAGAUCCUAUCCAUAUAUACCCUGUACAUUACCAUGUGCAUUAGAGUCACCCGGGUUCCAUCUGCGGUGGUUUGUUGUAUGUUACAUCUAUAUGGUGCAGAUACUCCCCUGUAUGAUUUCAUAA